AUGGACCACAGAAAGCAGUGUCCAAAGAGCCAUCUCAAGUGGGUGCUGGUUGGCAUCGCCAGCGGGUCUCUGGUACUCAUGGUCGGGAUCGUCCUGAGCCUCGGCCUCCGGCAGCCAGGCUGUGAGCAGGACACCUGCCACACUGACGCAGACAUGCUGGACUACCUGCUGAGCCUGGGAAACAUCAGCCACCGAGACGGCCUGCAGGUCACCUGGUACCAUGCGGCCAACAGCAAGAAAGACAUGAUGGCUGCCUUGAACGGCAACGCCAUGGUCCUGGAGGCUGACGUCAAUGUGGAAGGGCUCAACACAGUCAACGAGACAGGGGUCCCCAUCAUGGCACACCCCCCGGCCAUCUACAGUGACAACACGCUGCAGCAGUGGCUGGACACCGUGCUGGACACAUCUGUGAAAGGCAUCAAACUGGACUUCAAGAGCAUCAAGGCCGUGGGCCCCUCCCUGGACCUCCUGCGGCGACUGACAGAGCAGGGCAAAGUCCGGAGGCCCGUAUGGAUCAACGCCGACAUCCUGAAGGGCCCCAACGUGCCCAUCUCGAUCGAAGUCAAUGCCACACAGUUUCUGGCCCUGGUCCAGGAGAAGUACCCCCAGGCCACCCUGUCUCCAGGUUGGACCACCCUCUACAUGCCCCUAUUCCCGAACAGCACGUACACCCGAGCCAUGGUGGAGGACAUGCAGGCGCUGGUGGGAGCGCUACCACAGAAAGUCACCUUCCCUGUGCGGACCGUCAUGGUGCGGGCCGCCUGGCCCCACUUCAGCUGGCUCUUGAGUCAAUCUGAGAGGUACAGCCUGACACUGUGGCAGGGCGCCUCAGACCCCACAUCGAUGGAAGAUCUGCUUUACGUCCGGGACAACACUGCUGCCCACCAAGUCUACUAUGACCUCUUCGAGCCUGCCUUGUCACAGUUCAAGCAGCUGGCCUUGAAUACCACACGGAAGCAAACGUACUACACGGGGGGCAGCCUGAUCCCUCUUCUCCAACUGCCUGGGGGCGACGGUCUGGGUGUGGAGUGGCUCGUUCCUGGUGUCCAGAGCAGCAGACGAACAGCGGCAGUGACCUUCCCAGACAAAGAGGGCAUGAUUCUGCUGAACGUUGGCCUCCAGGGAACCAUAGCUGAGGACCCCGUGCCUGUCAUCCGUGUCCCAAGGGGCUCUGUCCACACACUGGAGUCGUGCCUGCUGCAGUUGGCCACACGCCCGGGACGCUGGGGCAUCCAUUUGCAAAUCACAGAGCCCACGGCCCUCCGGCCAGCACUGGCCUUGCUGGCGCGCCUCUCCACCCUUGACCUUCUGCCUCGGCCUGUGUGGGUCGGGGCCACGAUCUCCCAUGGGAGUUUUGUGGUCCCUGGCCACGUGGCGGGCAGAGAGUUGCUGACAGCUGUGGCUGAGGUUUUCCCCCACGUGACUCUGGCACCGGGCUGGCCUAAGGAGGCACUGGGCAGUGGCUACAGGGAACAGCUGCUCACAGAUAUGCUGGAGCUGUGCCAGGGGCUCUGGCAGCCCGUGUCCUUCCAGCUGCAGGCUGGGCCGCUGGGCCAGAGUGCGGGUGGAACCGUGGCCAGGCUGCUGGCAGCCUCCCCCCGGGCUACUGUCACCGUGGAGCACAGCCCGGCUGGGGGCAACUAUGCCCUUGUGCGGACAGGGCUGCUUGCAGCCAGGGCCGUGGACAGGACCCGAGUCUACUUCAGGCUGUCCCAGGAGAACCGCAAGGACCUGCUGGCUGAUGUCGGCAGAAGCUGA